AUGAAUAUCGCAUACAACUCCGCCUUGCGGCAAAGCAAGUCUCUCAGCGCAGAGCUCCAAAACCUCAACAGCAAAGCCCAAGCUUCCCCGUCCGAGAUCGGCAACGUGUCAGCCUCAAUCGCCUCCUUCACCAAGACCCUCGACGAAUACCAGAGUCUCGCCCGCCAGGAGAUUGUGCCCAAGAAGCAGGAAGAAGCUUUCGCGCGAGUGAAGAGGUUUCGGGAGAACCUUUCGGAUUAUCGUGGGCAGCUUGAUGCGCUGAAGAAGGCGAGGGAGGAUGCUCAGCACCAAGCCAAUCGAACAGAACUUCUCGGACGAAGACCGUACAAUGCUACACCCGAGAAUCCUUAUGCGAACGCUACGACGACCAACACGCACUCGCAAUUCCAGCCUCGACACCCCCCUCAGAACAACGGACCGUUGACGACUGGCUCGCCGGAUGAGAUGCGCGAGGCGCACGCUUUUAGGGAGCAGAACUUUUUUUCGAACACAAACCAAGCGCUGGACGAUUACAUUGCGCGCGGACAAGCUGUCCUAGGUGACCUGGGCCAGCAGCGCGAAAUGCUAAAGAGCACACAGAAGAGACUCUACAGCGUGGCCAACACCCUGGGUGUCAGCGGCGAUACGAUUCGAAUGGUGGAGCGACGGGCUAAAGAGGAUAAAUGGAUCUUUGCGGCGGGUGUGGUAAUAUUCUUCUUGUUCUGCUGGCUGGUGCUUCAUUUCUUGCGAUAG